AUGACCAGGCGGCCUGCGUUCCCUCCAUUCGAAGAUCUGAGCUCACCCCGUGAAUUCUUUUGGGUUAAGCAUCAGCCGUAUUUGCAAAGCCAGGGUUACAUGCUCCGCCCGCGAUACCAUCCAGACUGGCGCCCUUCGUGGAUCCAAAAGGAUGGCACCAACUUGAAAGAAAAAUAUUCUUUUCUGAUCUUUCAGGACCAACAUCGUUCGAUUUAUAUAUCUACUAUCAUAGAUGCAAUUCGGAUGGAGGACGGCGUCAAAGUCGUCCUUCGUAUCGUACCAGUAGGCUCACUGGAACUGGCUAUGAUGAUGCACCUCUCCUCGCCCAAAAUGCCCUCCGACCCACGCAACCAUACAGUUCCUGUCCUAGGAACUAUACCGAUACCUGGCGAGGAGAAUGAUAGGGUGUUUGUGAUCUCGCCUGUUCUUCGAUGGUUUCACUCUCCAGACUUUCACUGUCGACGAGAGUUUGCUGAUGCAUUUAGACAAAUAUUAGAGGUGGGCUACUGCAUCCUUCGUAGUCGGGCUCAUCUUACGACGAAGAAGGGUAUAGAUUUCAUGCAUGAAAACAACAUCGCACACGGUAACGUUGCUCUAGAGGUGCAUGGUUUCACAUCCGACAUAGGCAGCAUAGACGGACUUCGCCUUGGACUUCAAGCGAGACCACGGUGCCUUGUGCCGCCCGUCAAAUACUAUAUCAUUGAUUUCGAGACAACAAGGCACUAUCCCGAGGGUAAAGAUGCUGCACGAGCCAUAGCGCUGAAGUGUCAGAUAAAGACAUCGCCGGAAUUUCUCAGUGCGCCAGCGCCGUACAAUCCAUUUCGACUGGAUGUCUACAACGUCGGUGCCACGUUUCUCAGCUUUUGUGAGAAGUAUGCUGGUGUGGAUGAGUUCAAGCCGUUCUGUGUUGAGAUGAUGGCCAAGGAUCCAUCUGAACGACCGACCACGAAGGAGAUGCUCAGGAAAUUCGACGUGUUCAUUGGGUCGAAGGAUCAGAUAUGGCUUCGCAGUCGCAUUUGGCUGGAUUACGCAUGGUAUAAGCCACGGUCUCGAUUUGUUCAAUUUCUGUGGCGGAAAUUCCCUAUUCUUUUACCGUACUUCUGAUUCAGAUUAGACCGUUUCGUAUUGUUCAUUUGCUAUCACAUUGCUAUCAGAGCUGUCAAAUAUCUAUGAUGAUCUAUCUAUAUAUUGAACCUGCC